AUGUCAACACACAAGAGCGAUCUGGUCUCUCUAGCGCGUCACCAUUAUCCACCCUCCCCGUUUGGGCGCGCGAGAGAUAUCAACUACGAAUUCGAUCUAGAUACCUCGAACUUCCCGACGCCCUCAAAACAGCAUGGGACGCGUCCACACGGCUAUCGAACCAGUACAUUAGCAGGUGCUUAUCAAGCUGCAUCGCGUGUAUCAAUGGCAGACGGUAUGGGUAUCCAGAUGCCAGCGUCCCCUAGUCCUCGACGCGCGCGAGAUAUGCCCGAAGCGCUCUCUCCUUCACCCCAACGAUCGAUCCCGCCCGAUGAAUUUGCGCAUAACUACGGGAGGUUUGCCGAGGAUGGAACCAUGGAAAAUCAUGGGCACUUGGACGAUUGGGAUGGAACGCGCUCAGUUAGUCGCUUGAGUCAAUCGUCAUGGCAAGCUAGGGAAAGAGACAUUGAUGUAGGGUCGCAAAACGGCCUCGCAUACUCUGAAACCAGCUUUCUGGACUUUACAGGGGCGUAUUCCCCACGAAAAAGGAAUGUUGAUUAUACAAAGGAUGAGCAGCGCCUCCGACGCGUUACCGGGAGGGAUUCUGCAGUUUUUAGCAAAGCCAAAGUUGGUCGAGCAGCUCUGACAGCGGAGAACCUGCAACGGCGCGAGGUGGAGGCGGAAGAGGAUAAAUCAGGACGAGGUCAACAGCAGAACCAGCAGCAAGUAAUAGAAGAUGAUGGAGAGCAUGGCCCUAUCUUGAAUGUACCGACCAACUGGGCUUCUCGAACAAGGACACGGCAAGAUUGGACCAGAAACAUUGAUCAGCACAGACCAGAAGAAGAUCAGCCGGAGCCAAUACAUGAAAAUGGUAUGCCUUCGUUGAGGAUGGAAAUUGACCCAGAGCCCAAACCUAUUCGACUCUCUCCGCGUUCCCUUGCACGAAGUCGAAUUCCACCUCGAAAUACCCUCGAGAACCGGGUGAAUGAUCUCCGUCCGCGCCAUGUACCGAAAUCGCAUAGCUACGAUGAAGAGACCCUUGAACAAGAACGACAUGCGUUGAGUGACGGCCAACCUAUCCCCAACACACCGAUCGUGGUUUAUAAAAAUUCAACCUUUAUCAAGCCAACCCCGACAAAAAGAGACUCCCAAGAUUUGUUACGCAGAUUAUCGAGAGCCGAAAGUCCAACCGUCGAUCAACUUCAAACUCCAGAGCCGCCAAAGUUGUUUGAGAAACAAAUCUACGAUAAGACGCCUAAAGUCACAGUGGGCGGAUGGGUUGAUACUCCAAUGCCCGAACGAGUGACUGAAAGAGUGACUGAAAUUCCCGAAUCGACCAAAGUUCCUACUCCUCCGUCGACACCUCCAAGAGAACGAGAAAUUCAUACACGGCAACCUGAACCGCCAACUGAGGCCCAGCCCAUAUGGAAGAAUCAAAAAUAUGAAUCCAACAAUUCCAAUGAAUUGCACCAAGAAGAACCAAAGACAAGGAGGACAAGGCCUCCUUUGAUCAGACCAAAACUUCCCAAAAGUGCUCUGGCAACACUUAUAGAAGAAGUGAGCUCCGGCAAGGAGACGCUAGAGGGACUAGCAGUGGGUGACGAUACUUUGGAAUCUCUGCAAGAAUUGAUGAAUGAUCCGACGAGUCUGAAAACAGAGGAAGAGGUUGCGGCUUUUGAGAAAAAGGUUCUUGCCGAAAUUCAACAAGUUGCCAGUUCGAAUGAACACCAAAAAGUCGACGCCGAUAAGCCGAACGAUCAGGUGCAUCGCUUGAAUGGUGAUAAACCGGAGGACUCAGUCGAGAAAUCAGUUGAAAAACCAGUUGAAAAACCAGUGGAGCAAUCAGUCAAGCCUGAUGGAAUUGAAAACACGUUGAAACCAGAUCAAACGCUUGAAUUACUCCAGAAGACGGUUGAAGAACUCAGGAAUGGUAUCAAAACCUUGGAGAAGAAAGUGACAACUACUACUCGGCCGAGCUCGCUCAAAAAGAGCCAGGAAAUUGGCCAUUCACAUUCUCCCAGUGGAACUUGCGAGAAAUGCUUUUCUUCUGAUGGUCGUUUGUACGCUGCCAUUCCUCUCCCUCGCCUAUGGAAGCGAAUGCCGCAGACUGGACGUCGUCAGGUGACCAAACUUGGCUGGUUCACAAUAAUAUCAUUAACCUGGUAUGUCAUCGAAUGCCUGAUGGUCGAGCAAUACUCUCACCCGUUUGUCUCCAACACCUGCUCGGGCUAUUGCCUCCGCCCUGAUGCACCUCACUUUCCAGUCGUGACUGUGACCAUGCUCUGGCGCUGGUCUCAUCUUUCUUCUAUACUCGCCCCUGCCUUUUCCAUAUUCGUGGCCUUUCUCCGACUCAUGGCGCAGCUGCUCGGGUUAUGGGAUGGCUACGUGGAUGAACCACCACGCUUGGGAAAUCUCAUGGGUGAAAUUCGUAUCAAUGGUACUCCGGUAGCCUUUCCCUGGCUGUCAUCGCCUUCAGCACAGUCAACACAAAGCAGGGUGCCCCCGCCACAACAGCCUGUCUGGACUGUACAACCCGAAGCCUCAGUAAAGUGGGAGCACGACCAACCCUCAAUGGAUGAUGAUGAGGUUCUCUGA